GGGAAGACCAUUUGUGUUCAAAAAUGUAAAUCGGUACCGACCUCUCAGCUAUGGCAAAACGGCACUAUUUGCGCUGCAGCCGCUGGUGUGUUUUAUGAAGUGGGAUUUAGCUUAGGCGGGAACUGGCACCCCAUUUUCAAAAUUUGCUUCAAUCCACGCGACCAGCGCACGAUUUACUCACGUAAUUUGAUUAAUGGCUUUGUGGUAAAAAAUCGAGUUAGGCAAGACUGCCGCCCAUCUUCUUUUAAAAGUGAAGGUGUGAGAUAUAACCUUGAUCAUUUAUAUACAAAGGCAACUCAACGAACACGCUUCGAAGCGCUUUUUGGUGCCAACCAAAACAUCGUCAGUGAGUACAUUUUCCUUGCACGCGGUCAUAUAGCACCAUUUGCGGAUUUCAUUUUUUGUUACGAACAGUAUGCCACUUUCUAUUACGCGAACGUUGCACCAGAGUGGCAAGUCGUGAAUGCCGGUAAUUGGGUACGCGUGGAGAACGCUGUGCGCAAGAUCGCCUCUUCGAAGCAAUCCGAUGUAUUGGUAUUCACCGGUACCUUAGGCGUAUUACAGUUGCGAAAUCCACUGACUUCUCGGGAUACUAGCAUAUAUUUGGGUGUAAACCAAACGAUUGCUGUGCCAAAAUGGUUCUAUAAGGUGGUGAUGCAUCCUAGUUUCGCCAUUGAUAUCGUUUUUAUCACGCUGAAUAAUCCAUUUGCAAGAAAUGCUGUAGGAGUGGAGUUUUGUAACAAUAUUUGUAGCCGAGUUUGUUAUCAGCAUAGCUUGGAUUGUUCCAAAUUUAAAGAUACUAACAAAGGUUAUACGUUUUGUUGUGAGUUAAAGGACUUUUGGGCCAAAGCUAUUCGUGUUGGAAGGCCAUAUUAUGAACUACCAGUUGGCUGGAGUUAUAAAAAUUAACUUGUGUUAUAUGUAUAUGUACGAUUUGAGUUCCAAAGUAAACAGGACUUUUCAGCGCCCACUGCUAUCUUUAACGGUUUUCCAGUGAGAGUUUCAUCACAUAUCAUGGAUUGGAAGUAAUUGCGGCUUAAGUGUCAGUAUGUUUGUGUUAUCGGUGCGAAAAUGAGUUUCGAACAAACAGACACCAUUAAAUGUUGUUGUAAAAUUGGAAAAACUUUUACCGAAACGCUUCAAUUGUUGAAACAAGUUUAUGGCGAUGAUUGCCUAUCCCGUAGCAGAGUGCCCGAGUGGUUUCAACAUUUUCAAAGUGGUCGUGAGCACAUAAAUGACGAUCAACAUGUGGUCUAACAAAAAUCCAUGAUCACCGGAAAUUCCAUCGAAACUGUGCGUGAAUUCAUCAAAAAUCAGCCGAGAUCAUCUAUUAAAUUCAUUGAAAUGGAAUUCAACAUCUCCAAAACAUCGAUUUAUCGCAUUUUGACCGAACAUUUGGGCUUACGAAAGGUGUGUGCACGGUUUGUUCCGCAGAAAUUUACUGACGACCAAAAAUUACUCGGAUUUCAACAUUCGAAGGCCAUCAUUGUGACUGAUUAUUUGACCAAAAAUCACAUUUUAACCAUUACCCACUCCUCGUAUUCAUAUGAUAUGGCACGGUGCGACUUCUUUCUUUUCGGAAAAAGGGGAUCCACUAGCUUAACACAUCGUUUUUAUUCUCCAGUAGAGACGAGUGGACCAAUGGUGCUGUGGUCGACAUUUUCAACGACGAAAUCUACAUAUUCACUGACGGAUCAAGCGUGGAACAGGAACAGGAACGCGCUGCUACUACAAUUCAGUAUUUCAGGCCGAAAUUGUUGGCAUAACAAAAGGUGCUAAGUGAGUUUUUGUUUUAACCUGACAAAAUCAUUUUAGUUGGUAGCCAAGCGGCAAUUAUGGCAAAGCUAAGAUAAUGCAAGUUGGAUGGCAUAGACUCUCAGUAGUUAACUCAUUUAAUAUCAUCUGGAUACCCAGUUAUAUAGAAAUUAAAAGAAAUAGUGAGGCAGAAGAGCUGACCAGCAGGCUAUUAUGUAGAUCCUUCAAGAGUUGUUUGAAGCAAUGUACCCUGGAGGAACACCUUUUGUGCUGAUGGCGGAUAGACCAAAAAGCUCUUACUUCUAAGCAAAAAGGAACAUUGUAAGAGUCGUCACAGGGCACAGUCAGAAAAUGGAACAUUAUCUAUGAAUGCCUAACCGGGUGAGAAAGGACAUAUUUCACGGUUCCCAAUACUCCAACUAUAGUGAUAUUGGCCACUUGCUGGAUAAGGCUUAAAUUGGUUACCGACCGGGAACAUAAUAGGCUUAAUAAUGUCUUAAGAGCUACCGUCUGCGGUCCGGCGCUCAUGCGGCUACACUUUAGAGUCAUCUGACUCUAGCGUAGUCCUUAUUACUAUCUUCUGUAACCUCUUCUUGACGGUUUUUAGUUCUUCUAGUGCUGUCCGAAAAUAUGUUGCUUUGUAUUUGUUAUUCGAAUCAGAUGACCAAAGAAACUUUCGGCGGUCUCUCGGCAGUGAAACUUGAAGCCUUCUGUACUCUAUGUUUGUUUUACCGCCAGUUCUGACCUGAACUCCCUUGAACACCCAAUAUGUUUAAAGCUCUAGUAUCUUCCUUACGUUAAACGUAACGUUCCUAACGUUACACUCAAAACUUCAAACCGCUAUGACGAAAAAUAGCAUAUACGAUAUAUACAAUACCCUGAAGAAAGUUGUUACUUUUCUGCUAUUUGCUAUUGUGAUCGUAUUCUAUUCAUUUUUCUGAUUCGUUACUCUAAAUGCAUGUACUAUAUUUACACAAGUACUUACCACAACUACAGUGUUGAAUGCAAACAGCACAUAUUUAGCCGUUGAUGUGCCACAAUCCAUUGUGGUAACUUUAUCGUUAUAUCUUUCGUCGAAACAAACGUAUAAAAUUCAAUCUGAAACAGAAAACAUUAAUAAUUUAUUCAGUUUUAGAACACAUAUUCACUGAUAAGAUUUUAAGUAUUAACAAUUAUUUGAAGUCACUUUUGCAAAUCCUU